UAGAGGAGCAAAAUGGCGGCUGCCACUGCACGCCAAAUUCCAGUCGUUAAUAACGUUAUAACCGAUGAAGACUUAAACAAUUUUCGCACUGAGGGAAAGCAGUCUGGCCGACUUGUCCCAGUUAGUGUCGUCAAGACACACAAACUUCUCACAGACAAGCACUCGAGAGAACUGGUGGAUCGCCAUGUGAGAGCAAUCCAUCGUCUCACCAAAUACUACUGUCAUGGAUUUCUUAUGAAGGAUGUUGACUUGGUGUGUGAUAUGCUCACAGUCUGUAGAGAAAGGCUUGAGACAAACCUGCAGUAUGAGAAACCUCUUUGCGACUUAAUUAAAGUUUGUGGCAUGCCGUUUUUGAAGGAAAGAUCUUCAGAUGACUCUUUGCAUGCUGGUCCAAUUAUAAACCUUCUCACUGAGCUAGGGCACACAAUGAAAAUAAACAAUGUUACUGCACAACUUCAGUUGGGAGAAUCAUUGUUGAGGUUUUACACUGACCAGUCAUUCGAGAACCAAAGCUUUGAAGGUUACCAAGCAUCCUCACUGUCUCACAACAUAACUUUGGUGGAGAGAAGUGGAGUGGCCAGAGCACUUGUUGAGAGUUUGGAACAAGUUGAAGACUUGAUCGUGCGACUUGAAAUCAUGAAAGUGCUGCAGUGUUACUCAACAUCGGCACUGAAUUGUGAUGAUAUGCUGUCAGUUGGUGCAGCUGGUUUGUUGUGCAGUGGAAUUAAUAUCCCAGACCCAUCUGAUGGGGUUGUUUUUCGAACUGUUGAAAUUCUCUGGAAUUUACUAGAAUUUGGCUCUAAACAGGAGGUUGUGCGCCAGCUUAAUUGUAAGGAGUGCGUGAGUGCAUUGAGAGAUGCCUUUGUGAGGCAGAUCAAGGAGGGCUAUAGUCUUGCUGAUAAACAGCUGAGAAAUGAUUUGUUGGUGAUGGCCUCAUUGGUGUUGUCUCUCUGUCCAACAUCUCCUUUUAUGGAAACUGGCUUUACAAAGCUUAUAGUUUUGCUGGCAACAUUUACAGAGGUCAAAAGCCAUCAUGACUUAGUGAGGAAUCUCAAGCUUUACCAGUCCCAUGAAGAUUUUGAGUUCAAGAAGCUGUUAAUGAGCACAUUGGUACUGCUGAGUGCUGAUUCUGGAAGCUCUCAGAUUUUUUGUGAGGGUCGCGUGAUCUUGUCGUUGUUUUCCUUUGUGCGAGCAAAUGACAACAGCUCAACUGUGGAGUGGUCCCCUGCACAGUUUGAAGAGCUGCAGUUACAGGCCCUAGAUACUCUGAGCACUGUGGCUCCCUUGUGUUUGGAUGAUUUCAUGACUUGUCAGAGUAAUACCAGAUUGCUUAUGCUACUAGAAUGGUGUGUGGGGGAAGCUGACUAUGGUGGUCAUGGCAACAGUUUCCAUGGUUCUGGUGGCCGUGGCAACAAGCGAGCCCAGAUGCGGUAUUGUUUGCGGCUGAUGAGAAGCAUGGUGUCAGUGGGAGACGAUGGCUUGAAUCAAGAUCUUGUAGAUCAAGGAGCUAUCAAUCAGAUUAUUGGAAUUCUCCUCAAUGCCAGCACCAGCCCUGAUGAGAACGAUGCCAUUGACAUUGAGAUGCAGUGUGAUAUGUUGUUCCUCGUGGCGUCUCUUUGUGAGGGAGACACACACAAAAAGGAACUAUUUGGCGCUCAAGGAGUCCAAGUGUUGGUAGAAUAUCUGAAGAGAGAUCCUAACAAGAUUAACAGUCCGCUGGGACAUCAUCAGCUUCUUUUGUCUGCAGUGGACUGUGUGUGGUCUGCUGUGUUGGGAUGUUACAUAACUGAACAGCUGUUUCUUGAAAAUGAUGGAGUGUUUCAUCUCAUGGAUUUAUUAGAGAUAUGUCCAAUGACAAUGCAGAAUUUGGUACUGGGAUGUUUAGUGGAUCUCUGUGAGAAUUCUAAGGCUCUGGCGCAUGUUCAAUCCUGGCGUGGGAAGAAGCAGAUUACAGCUGGUAAACUUUUGGUGGAAUUGUGGAAGAAAGAGGAAGCAAACAUGGGUGUGGCUAGAAAUGAGAUUGGGAAAGUAACAGAUCUCAAGAAACCUCUAAUGGGCACAGUCCAAGAACGACAAGGUGUUAUCCCGCUUCCCGCUGACCGGCCGAGCCAAGCGAUUGUGGACGUGUCUGAAAACAUGAGAGCUAAAAUUUAUUCCAUGUUUUGUAAGCUUGGUUUUAACGCGGUUCCUGGUUUAUCGACUCUGGAUUACGUCACUGUGGCCAUAAUUGAAAAAUACCUCGACUUCAAGAUGCUUGAAGUGUGGAAUGAAAUUAAGGUAGAGCUUGAACAAGAGAACAUCAGACCCGUGUCUCCUGAUGCAGACUGUAUGGUGGAGAUCUCCAGAAUACUGAACGAUAGAGCCGCGGGAGUGUCCAGUACUCAGGAUAAACUGAUUCAAGCCGUGCGAAACCAGCAGCUUAUUGAAGAAGAGGAGUAUUAUGAAUCUAUCAAAGAAAGUCACCGCCAAGAAGAAAAGGCCUACAAAGAUUUUUGCGAUUAUGUCGACAGAACAUCAGACUACGCGGCUCUUAGGGCUGCGAAAGAGAAACAGUUUUACGCCAUAGAAGCUUCAAGACUUCAGGAAAGAGUUUAUCCUGGCGAGAUUUCCCACGACACAUUACAAGAAGACCUGAACACAACUACGUUCUGCGGAAGACGAGUAGAAAUCGAAAGUGUCCCACUUGAAAUAACAAGAACGAUUACAACUACGACAACAGCUGACGAGGAAAAGAAAACUCCUUUAGUUGCGUAAAAGAGUCGACUGCAAGACCAUAUACAAGUUGUACAACCUAAAGAAUGUUAUAAUUAUAUUCCACUGUUGUAAAUAAUUUGCAGCCUAACUUUGUAAAUACUUAAAAACGUUCUUGUCUGGUUUGUAUACAUGUAUUUGACAGUUAAAACUAAUGUUGCGCCUAACUCGUUGAUGUGUAGGUGAUGAAUGUCACACUUCAUAGGUUUGUGUCGUUAUUUAUACUGUAUAAAUUUAAACCAAAUUAAUUUGAUGUGCGUCGAGAUUUGUCGCCCAUUAAACGAACACAUACUGACUUUUUACCUGUAA